GAACCAUCAGAGUAAGCGGGUGUCUUAGCGCCACCUCCACACUAACAGACCAAACGCUUUAGCGUGGACUCUCUCACAAGCCCUAGCCCAUCUAGAGCCUUACACUGCUUGAGUUAUGGAUUUAUUCGCCGUGGUUUAACUAUCAGUAUCGUGUCGUGAUAAACGUCGUUAGCGAUUGCGUAACGGCACGUCAUAGGUUGCGGAAGUGGUAACGAACAGCAAACCCCCCCCCCAAAAAAAAACGACGUGCGGAGUAUUAUGAAGAGUUUGGAGCGAGUUUAACGUUAUUGGGAAAGACUGAACCGUGCUUGUAGAUUAGUAGUUAAAUAGUGGCUGUAGUCAGUAUAACUGACCACUUAUGUCCGGGUUCGCUCGCCUCUCUGUUGAAGGGAGAGUUGGCGUGGCCGCGGGGCUCGUGCUCUUCUCUGCGCUCGUGUCUAGGACACUCUUAUCACACCGAGUGGACAUCCACACGCGCGCGUCGUUAUUUCGAGUUCAGAUUCUGCUCUUCAUUAACUCUCUGUUGCUCCUGGGCUCGCUCUACAUCUGGAGGCGUGCUGUGAUACGGCUCUGUGGCACGAGAGGGAAUCAUCGUGUCUGGCUCCAGAGAUGCUGGCGCGCGGCUGUGCUGAUAUUCCUUGUGCUCGCUCAUUCCAGUUACUUGAGCUUAUUUUUCCUAGUGGACACAGAACCCCACUGGCUGGCGCUACUGAGUUUCACAUGCCUGGGCAUUUAUGUUAUCCUUUUAUUCUUCUUGAUCGCAUUCAGCUGCGUGAGUCGCCUCCAUCGGCUUUGCGUCGCACACUCAGGCGGUCAGGACGCGUCAGAAAGUGGGUCGGUCAGACAGGUGGUUCUGGCGUUGAUGGUAACUGCAGUACUGGCAGUAUAUGGGUUGGUAAAUGCAGCACAGCCCCCACAGGUAGUGGAGGUAGACGUUCCUCUGAAGAAUUUGCCUACCUCGAUGAGUGGCCUGAGGAUCGCACUACUGUCUGAUAUACAUCUGGGACCUACACUUGGGCGCUCCAGACUAGAGUAUAUUGUUACCAUGGUGAACCAGCUGGAACCAGACUUGGUGGUGAUCGUCGGCGAUUUGACAGAUUCCCAGGUGGCCUGGCUGAGGACCGCAGCAGAACCUCUAGGCACUCUGCGGGCCCCGCUGGGCUCCUACUUCACGACAGGCAACCAUGACUACUACACCGCUGACGUGGACGGCUGGUUUGAGCUGUUGCGUUCGAAAGGCAUCAAGCCUCUUCACAACAGCCAUGUUCGAGUGUCCCAACCAGGACAACGCCAGGACUGGAUCUGUCUUGCUGGUAUUGAUGAUCUGGAGGCUAGCAUGCUACGGUACCCUGGUCAUGGGAUGGACAUCGAGAAAGCACUGAGUGGUUGCAGUGAAAAUCGUCCCAUUAUUCUUCUGGCUCACCAACCCAUCGCAGCUAAAACAGCUUUGCAGCAAAGGCCAGACAUCAAUUUAGUGCUCUCAGGCCACACUCAUGCUGGCCAGCUGUUCCCACUCACUCUUCUGGCAUUCCUGGUGAAUCCCUAUUUUUGCGGGCUUUACCGUGUCUCGGAGAACACUAUGGUCUACGUUACCCCAGGGACAGGUUAUUAUGGCAUUCCAAUGCGAAUUGGCAGCCGUUCGGAGAUCACACACAUCACACUGAAAUCUGCCUGAGUGUACAGUCACAGACACAUACGUAUUUACCUUUUAUGUGUGUUUUUAAGACCAGGGCAAUACCAACUUAUAGAAGUGUAUUAAGUUUGUCACACUAUGUAUAAUAGCUGUAAUGUGCCUAAAUAGCUCUGUUGAUUCUUAACAGGAGAUUUGCAUCAAACAUUCCCUACAAUUGCAAUAGAUUUGCAUCAAAUAUUCCCUACAACUGGAAAUUGCAGUUGUUCAUAGGUCCUGUCACAAACUAAGUUGCAGACACAUCUUCAUUAAUGCUGAUAGACAUGUUGAACACGUUUUCUAACUCGUUUCUUUUACACAUGUAACAUGCAGUGUAGCUAACAAAAGCUCCUGCAAAGAAAAACACACAUUGACUUUAAACACCAUUCCUUCCUCAAUGAUGUGCAUACUUGGUUAAAAUGAGAAAAUGUCUUGAUCUCACCAUUCACUGAGGUAAAAUUAUUAAAAGAAAAAAAUCCCUGAAUUAAAACCUCUCAAGUGUGUCUGGUGACAGUCUGCUUUUAGUCUUUUGUGUGUCCUGCCAUUUCAAGAUAAGUCAGAGUAUGCUGUCCUGAAACCUUUCCUCUGUAAAAAGUCUCUCGUGAUCCUUUAGUCCUGGGCCACGUCAUCUUCAGCUGAGCCCACAGAUGUUCAGUGGGGUUUGUGUGGGAACCAGGACAGCUGCUGCAGAAGCUGAACUGGUGCCGUUUGUGUGGGUUUGGAUCCUACUGGAGAAUCCAAUCUGAUCACAUUCUAAGCUUUCCAAACAGUUUGCAUGAAGUUGGUGUUUAAAUGUAGUUUUGGAGAAUAGGUGCCCCUAGCAUUUAAACAUCUGUGAUCUUUAGAGAUUUUGCCUCUUUGCAUGUAGUUGUCUUCAAAAAAAUAUAAAUGGAAAUGUACAAUAUAUAAACGAUUAUACUUUAUAUAUAUAUAUAUUUAUAAAAUUUUAAUUAUUGGUACCCCAGCAAUUAGUUUAGUUAUAUUAAUUGCUGGGGUACCAAUCAUUAAAAUGUAUUAAGUGCUUAUAUAUUUUUCUUAAAUAAAAGCAAAAUUCUCAUA